AUGGAUAGUGCUCCAAAUAGAGCUCAUGCUAUUACUUACGCAUUCAGUUUAUCACUAGGAAUCGCAUUAUAUGGCAAUUAUUUGACGGGACAAUAUCAACUUAAGAAUGCACAUAUACCAAUAUCCAUUACCGAUGUUAAAAUCAUCGGUUUUGGCAUAGGUCAAUCGAAGAAUGAAAAGGCUGUUGUCGAAUUGAAACUUAAAUAUGAUUUCCGGGAGAUCUUCAAUUGGAGCACAAAUUCGGUCUAUUUCUACAUCGUAGCGGAUUAUGAAACAUCAUCUCAUCCUACUAAUCAGAUUAUAAUUCACGACGAGAUUCUAACGGAUCCUAAGGAUGCGGUUAAGGAUGAAAUUAUUAUUUGUAAAUACUUUCUAGCCGAUUUUGCCAGGUCGCUGAAAAAAAGAAGUGUAACCCUUAGAGCGUAUUAUUGGUUUUUCCCAAUUGGAGGGGCAUUUGUUAAAAAGCAGAUAUUUAAAACCACUUUGAAAAUACCAUCAACUUAUUCCAGCUGA